AUGGUGAAGGCACGCAAAAUCGUACUCGUCCGACACUUCGAAGGGCAGCCUCGAACCGAGGACUUCCGCAUCGAGGAGGAGGACCUGCCGCCCGUCAAGGACGGACAGAUCUUGGCCGAGGCUGUCUACUUUAGUGUCGACCCCUUCCAGAAGUCUCACACGGCUAUGCACCACGUGGGCGACACCUUUUACGGCGCUCAGGUGGCGCGGAUCGUGGAGAGCCGUGCUCCCGGCUUUCCAGUGGGGCGGCACGUCGUGGCGUACUGGGGGUGGCGCAACCGCACGGUGGCCGAUGUGGGCUCCGGCAGGCCACAGCCCCCCCUGUACGUAUCGCCGCCCAGGUUGGUGCCACACCUAGGGGACCUGCCUCUGUCGCUGUCCCUGGGAGUCCUAGGCAUGCCAGGCAACAGCGCCUACUUCCCGCUGCUGGACAUCUGCAAACCCAAGCCAGGAGAGGUGGUCGCAGUCACUGGCGCUGCCGGGGCUGUCGGCAGCAUAGUGGGCCAGAUAGCGCGCAUCAAGGGCUGUACUGUCAUCGGCUUCGCCGGAUCUGACGCCAAGGUGAAAUGGCUGAAGGAGGACCUGGGCUUCCAUCACGCUUUUAACUACAAGAAGACAGACGUGUCCACCGCCCUGAAGCAGGCUGCCCCAGAUGGUGUCGACGUAUACUUCGACAACGUGGGAGGCGACAUAAGCACUGCAGUCAUGAGCAACAUGCGGUACCGCGGCCGCAUCGUCGUGAUUGGCGCCAUCUCUCAGUACAACGACCUCGAGCAACAGAAGUUGGUCAACCUGCCCUUCACAUUUCUUGCGCAGCAGCUCCGACUGGAGGGUUGCGCGGUUGCACGGUAUCACGACCGCUGGGAAGAGGGCAUCAGCCAGCUGACGAAAUGGGUCAGAGAGGGUAAAAUCAAGUACAGGGAGACUGUGACCAAAGGCUUUGAAAACACUCCCAGAGCCUUCAUCGGUAUGCUGCGAGGUGAGAACUUCGGGAAAGCUGUUGUCAAACUGUGAACAAUGCGGACGUAGCAGACGUGCGUGUCCACAAACAGAGACAGAGACAAUUUCUUUCAACAUUUCAUACAGGAAAUAUGAAAUCUGCAGUGCACAAUUGGGCUCAUAUAUUUCGCUAGAAACUGUCUUCAAAAUUUUACUUUCGGAACAUCGUCGUUUGUAAUUUCAUUAAAAUAAUUAUAAUGUUGAA